AUGGCGAACACACCACUACAGUCUGAUGAGAAUUCACCAAGGGUCGUACUACCUGUAGACGAAAGUGUGACCUUGGGUCCCUACAACCAACCCAACAUUCAAUUGACUGCCACGUCAAACUUGCCCUUACCCCCACCAAAGGAGUCGGCUCUACCAGAUGGCAUAGUGGUUACUGGGGUCUUCAACGUCAAAUCUUUUUCUGCAAAACCUCGCACACCCACAUCCGUCAACUCUCACAUUGUCAGUACCACAAUAUUCGAGCCAGAUGUUCGUGUCAAGAAGCCUCAUUGCGCACAUGAGAAAUCUACAGUACCACGAUUUACUAGCGACAACAGAUGGUGCAAUAUUGAUAGUGAAUGGGCGCGUUUCUUCAUUAUUUCAGUCGAAACUGAAGCAUCGGUUGUUAUUGUCGAUGAAGACAACCUACUUCGCGAAAGACCAUUGUGGAUAGGCCCGGAUGUUUUUCACACGGUAUCAAGGCUACAUUCUAUUUUCGAUUCGCACUUCUCUGGAACAUCAAGGGAUGAAUCAAGUCUCUGA